CACCACGCGCGUUUGCUAACAGCUGUUAAAACAGCUGUUCAUUUGUUUAUAAAUUAGACAGAUAAGAAUUUUCAUAUCACUUUCGUUUGGAAAAUUUUCUUUUCCCCGUAUUAUAUUUGUACAUUUCCAUUGUAUAUUUAAAAUUUCAUAGUAUUAAAUUAUGCUUUAAGAUGGACUUCAGCUUAGACUCUAAAAGCGAUGAAGAUUUUUUUGGAUCAUUAACACGGCUAAACACCGAUUUGGAAAAUCUUUUUGCAUUCGAAAACCAACGUAGUGUAGGAGGUGAGCAACAGGAGUCUCUCAAGUACCAACCCACUAAACAAACAUCGAGUAAUGCCCCCACUACAAAUCGAACUAUCACGGCCAGCUCAGGCGCAACAGUGCAAGCCUGGCAAACGCUGCUGGCAAAGGUCGCUUAUGCUUAUAAAGAAGGAGUGCCUGUAGGCAAAGCGGGCGUAGCGCUGUUGCAAAGCGUGGAAAAUGAAUAUCGAAUAAUCAUCUACAAAGCCAAAUUAAAUGUGCUGACCACUUGUUCGUUGCGCGCUGACAUGGCGCAAGUUCAUCGCAGCCACAACUAUUUGCAAUUCUACGACGAUGACUUACUCUGUUGGAGUGUUUACUUCGAUGCAGAUGCCAACACUGAGGAGUUUGUAGCAAAAUUAAUUGAACUGAAUAUUGUAGUUAGCGAAGGUGAGCAAAAAGGGGGAAAAUAUGCUAUUUCAGAGUUAGAAAAAGCUCCAGAGAACAGUGUUUCGAUUGCGGCUACUAAUCCAAUGUGCUUUAAGGAUAUAGAAAAGCCUCCUAUAGUAACAUCUAAACCCACCAAAACGGCGUUAAUAUGCCGCAUGGCCAAAAUGGGUCAGCAGCUACCGAAAUUGUCACCAGCAGCAAAUUUGCAAAACAGUUUAGAUGCCACCGACUCUUCGGAUGCCGAGAUAAUAUCCACGCCAUUAGCAACGCCACAACUCAAACACCAACCAACGCCGCGUAACUGCAGUAGAGCGUUGGCAAAGACACAACCGCUGUCCUUGAGCCAAAUAAAUCCAUAUCCUAGUGGAGCGGUUAGUGGUGCUUUCGAGACACAAUUCGUGCAAAUGAUGCUCUCCGAAAAUCGUACCCAUAGCUCCGAACUGCGAAUGAACGUCAACAGAUUGGAGAGCAAAGUAGAGAAAAUAAUUGAUAAAAUCGACUUGCUACAUUCCAGUUCUGGCGAUAAAAUGGAUAAAGAAGAUGAAAUGUUAGCACUUGAAGAAAAAGUUUUGGAACUGAAGAAAGAAAAUCGGAAGCUACGGCAGACAAUCGAGGGGAAGUAUGAAAGUAAACCAAAUUGUGAACAAAUAUUGCAGACCUUUAGCGCUGAGCUGGCGGAUGUAAACCUAGCCAAUGUCGAUAGCCUGGAGAGGCUAGUAGGCGAUUUGUUGAAGCAACGCGCAGCCAUGUAUAACAAAUUAGAAGAAUGGGAAAGGGAUCUGGCAGAAAAAAAUGUGCAAUUAAAGACGAAUCAGUCCCGUAUGGACGAUGAAGAAGAUAUGUUGGCAAAAACGAUAGCGAAGAAGUCACAGCUGGAAGAAGACGUAAAAUCGCUGGAAAAUCGCUUGAUAGAUAAGGAAAAAAUAGAAAGUGAUUUACGCCAUCAACUCGCUGAAUCGAAUAAAGAAUGUUUAGAGCAGAAGCAACAGUACGAGGAAAACAAGCAUAAAGGAACCCAACAGGAAGAGGAUUUAGACUCACUUCAAAAACGCUUGGCAGACAAAGAGAAAAUAGAAAAGGAUUUGCGGCACCAACUGGCUGAAGCAAACCAAGAGUGCCUUGCACAAAGACAACAGUAUGAGGAGAGUAAGCUAAAGGAAGCGCAAGUCAACGCAAAAGUACGCGAUUUGGAAGAACAAAAUACUAAAUUGCAACAAACACUGGAAGAAAAUAGUAAGAAGGCGGGGAGCCUCAAUGAGGAGGCAGAUGAGUCACAUGAAGAUAGACUAUCCGUUCAACAACAAAUUGAAACAGUAUUGAAGAAGACAAUGAACAAUUUGUAUGCUAGCUUAGCAACUAAAUUGGAUAAUAUUGUGCCAGUUCAGAAGAAUGCCGUUAUAGCAAUAGUGGGCAAAACCAUACGCGAGGAAACGCUCAAGGCAAUGGACGAGUUGAAGCAAAAGUGAUUGUUACCCAAUGUGUACGCGUUGAAUGCUUGUGGUUAUUAUUGUAUGAGUAAAGCGGUUAAUAUAACAAUAUUCCAAUAGCUUUAUAUGCCCUACAAAUUAUCCAAAUUAUGUUAUAAUAAAAU